AAUUUCUGCCAAUAUAAAAAAGUACAGAUGACAGUUAUUCCCGUUAAUAUAUUUCCUUUAACGCAACAGAGCUGUUUCUUUUAUUCUUGAGAAUUUUGUUAACUCUUCGCUAUAAGAAGAAAAGAAAACCCAUUCUCUUAAUUCGAAACCCUAACCAAUAAAUACUCCAUCACAAUCACUUGCCCUUUUCCUUCGAUACCAUUGCUUCUUUCUUCAAAUUUGUUGGCAAUGUUAGGAGAGGGAGAGGAAGAGGCAUUGAAUUCAUACGGAGAUGGAAUUGCAUGGGUUAGGUCAUCGAUGAUCGGAAGAGGGAGUUUUGGGCGUGUUUAUCUCGCUACUCUGCGAAACCCCUCUUCCAAAUGCAGCUCUCUGCCGCCGGUGAUGGCCGUCAAAUCUGCGGAGGUUUCCUCCUCUGCUUCGCUUCAGAAGGAGAGGGAAGUUUACUCCAAUCUGCAGAGGAAUCCUUACAUAAUUCAGUGCUACGGCGAUGAGAUUACAUUCGGCAGCAGCGGCACCAUGGCCUUCAAUUUGAUGCUUGAGUACGGCUCCGGUGGAACCUUAUCCCGGAGGAUCAAGGAAUCCGGCGGGAACGGAUUGGGUGAAUUGGAAUCGAAGCUUCACACGAGGUCUAUUCUGAGAGGAUUGAAACACAUUCACGAGCUUGGAUUUGUGCAUUGCGAUUUGAAGCCUGAUAACAUUCUGCUCGUUCCAAUCAGGGGCAAGGGUUUUGGAAUUAGGGCCAAAAUUGGGGAUUUGGGGCUGGCGAGGAGGGUUAGCAUUAGCAAGAAGAGGAAAUUGGGAGUUUGUUGUUGGGAAGGAACUCCGAUGUACUUGUCUCCUGAGGCGGUCACAGAUCACGUGCAGGAGGCGCCGUCUGAUGUCUGGGCGGUUGGUUGUAUUGUGCACGAGAUGCUGACCGGGAAAUCGCCAUUGAAGGGGAAGGAAGAGGAGCUUGAGAUUCUGAGAAAGAUAGGAGAAGGGCAUGAGGUGAUUGAAAUUGGCAAUGGAGUAUCAAAGGAGGCUAGGGCAUUUCUCAAGGGCUGCUUUGUUAGGAAUUCUAACUUCAGAUUCACUUGUGAAAUGCUGCUGCUUCAUCCCUUUCUUCAAGGUUUGGAUGAUGAUGACAUUGAUGAUGCCAGAGUUGAUGUUGAUCAAUCCGUCGUCCCUUUCGAUCCGAUUGAAUCCUUUGCUCUUGUUUAUGAUGAUGAUGAAGAUGAGUAUACUAGUGACUCAUCAACAGAGGAAUGGAGCCAUGGAUCUGAGACAGAGAGUGGUGAUGCCCAAUUCAUAUCUCAACAAAAUGUACCUGUGGAAGGUUUUUGAGUUAGAUUUGUAGUAAAUGAUCAUAGAGUUCACUUUCCUUAACUGUAUAUGUUCAAUUUAUAGUCCACAUAAUUUGAUUCAUAUGUAGUAGAUAAUUUAGAAAGGAGAGAACCAAAACAAUUUUGUUGGCUACUGUAAACAGAGAUUCACAAUUUAUGUUAAUCAUUUUUUUCCUAGAA